AUGCCUCGUGACCCGCUCAUCGGGCUCGUAGGAAAGCCUUCCAGUGGCAAGUCAACGACGCUGAACAGUCUGACUGAUGCGUCUUCAAAAGUCGGAAAUUUCCCCUUCACCACAAUCGACCCCCAGCGAGCCAUCGGCUACCUCCAGAUCGACUGCGCCUGCAAACGAUACAAUCUGUCGGACAGAUGCAAGCCCAACUACGGCGGCUGCCAGGAUGGGCGGCGUUCCGUGCCAAUUGAACUUCUAGAUGUCGCGGGACUUGUCCCCGGUGCGCACCAGGGGAGGGGGCUGGGAAACAAGUUCUUGGAUGACCUGCGCCAUGCGGAUGCUUUGAUCCAUGUUGUCGAUGUUAGCGGAACGACAGAUGCGGAAGGUAUGGAGCAUGGCAUUUGGUGCGUUCGAUUUACUUCUCGCUCUUACGUUUUAAAACCUAGGGAAGGAAACGCGAGGGCAGAGGCAACGGCCGUUGAAACGCUACAGAGUCAAUUUUCCGGAUACGGAAGUACGGCACAGAUUGUCGCACGGUGUCUCGACCGCUUGCAGUUAAAAGAGCCCCUCGAAGAAUGGUCGGAGGAGACGAUCGAAAAAGUCGUGAACGCUUUUGUGGACGAGAAGUUUCCGACUGUUUAUGCGCUAAAUAAGAUAGACCAUCCAGACGCAGAUAAGAAUAUCAGCAAAAUCGCCCGAAUGCAAGACCCGAAGUCGAUUGUGCUCUGCUCUGCCAUAUCGGAGGUCUUCCUCCGAAAACUGGCAAAACAAGGCUACAUCAGGUACGUGGAAGGCGGCGAGUUCGUCGACACUCGAGAAGAUUUAAUUGAGAUGGGCGAUCCGGACGGAGGUGGCCUGAAGGAGAUGGACGAGAAGUUGAAGAAUCGCGUGGAGAAUUUAAAGGAUAUGGUGCUGUACCGGUUUGGGUCGACCGGAGUCGUGCAGUGCCUUUCGAGAGCGGCAGAACUCCUGGGUCUCGUACCGGUAUUUCCAGUCAAAAACAUCCAUACGUUUGGGUCCGACAGCGGUAAAGCAGUCUUUAGAGACUGCGUCCUGGUCAAAAAAAAUAGCACAGUGGGUGACGUUGCCCGGAAAGUAAUGGGCGAUGUUCCUAUAUCCUAUGUCGAAUCAGCCGGGGGAGUCAGGGUUUCAGAGGAUGAAAUUGUGGAAGUUGGGAAACAUGAUAUACUUUCUUUCAAGGUUGGCCGUUAG